AGAAGGCAAAUGCAAGCAAGGAAGGCCACUUUGUGUGAAUGACUGUUGUUUUUCGUCUGUGGACAUGUUUGGAAUACCUCAGCUUGUCUCAUUUCGCCGCCGUAGAAGACAGACAAACUUACUUUUGAGGAAAAGUGUUUGUACCUGCCAGCAGAGAAAGGCUGAUGAAGAAGGACACAAGUUGUCUCAUGUCGCCAAUCAGGACGCCCUGUGGACAACGACGGACGUUUAGGAAGCAAAAUGAGCACUGCCGCGGCAUUUCAUGUGUCACAAGCAACACUUCCAACGUAAGUCAGUCACUUCCGGCUCCAAGUCAUCCAAAGGAACAUAAACUAGCUCGUCUCCGUCAUAAGAAUCAUUUUUGUCAUCAACUUACCCAAGCUUGGUGUCUUCAUGGACAUUUUGGAACAUGCUCGGAGUCUGUUUGACAGCUAAUGAGCUCAACAUCCGGUGUGUUGACGCCAAACGUGUCACGAACACACCUGUCCUCUUAAAGGGCCAGCGUUCUCACCUCCAACGGGGCGUUUUGCGGCUACAAUACAUUCCAGAAUGUGCCGAGAGCCAUGACAACACCGGUGAGGGACCACAAAGGGCCCCCGGGCCACACUUUGGACACCGCUGUCCUGAAGUGCAGAGGCGAGCGUAUUCCCGGUCAGGAAGUGAUGUCAUGGCUGCAUGCCGUGUGAAGGCGUGACGUGACACAAUGUCGCCCGUGAAGGAAGCAGGAAUGAUUCUCGGAGAGUUUGACGCUUGCUGCUCGCAAGGCAGCGCAGCGAGAGCUUCUUAUCACACAAACCCUGCAUUGUCACUCGUUUCCCUUCGCAUGAAUACCAGGAAACUGACCAGGAUGUGUCGUCCACCACGAGGAACAGAGCUUAGGAAGGUCGCUAGUUCACUUCCCCUGACGUGCAUCAUGCUGGCUACAGCAGAACAUCGGCUCAAUAACCUCCUCAUCCACUCAUGACUGGAAAAUGAUGAGGAGUGCAUGAGAAAGUGGGAAGGAAAACGUGGCUCUCUUUGAUUUGGAUUGUAUUGUAUUAGUACUUUAUUUAUCCCACAGCGGGGAAAUUGACUUGUUACAGCAGCAAGCAAGAUACGCAAGUAAAGAAUACAUAGUGACUACAACAUGGUUCAGGUGGUGCAGGUGUUGUAGAGCCUGACAGCGGUCGGUAUGAAGGACCUGCGGAACCUCUCCUUCUUACACCGUGUGAUCAACACACAGCAGCGACACAAACCAAUGUUGGAAUAGCGCUAAGGAGCAAAAGCGUGCUGCCACACAGGACACGUGUGCUUUCAGUCCACAGGAAGUGUUGGAGUACAGGAAAAGGAGGCGGAGUCCACUGGGAACAAAACAAGACCUGGUGCUGUUUGGACCCCAGCAGCAGAACAGCAGAACAUUCUUCCUCCUGUCGGGAUGCACUGACACUUCUUCAUUCCCAGGCCGCACUUUGACCUUUGGGAAGGCAACACAGACAUUUGACCUUGGGGAAGUGUGUGGGCGUGUCCAGCAGGUGGCGUCAUGGACUUCCUGUGUUGGAUGCUUGCUGCACUGCUGCUCUUCUUGUCUCCUGACGCCGUCCAGUGCGUGUCUGUGCACAUCUCCAACGAGGGGCCGGUCUACGUCAUCCCGGGCGCCGCCCUUCUCCUCCGCGCCCGCAUGGAGUACGGACCCCUGGAGGCGGUGAAAGAGGUCACCUGGGAGCGGGAGCCCGAGAGCGGCGAACCUGAAGGGAGGUUGAGGCUGGCGGCGUGCCCGGGGGGGAGCUCCCGGUGCACCGGCAUGAGACCCAACGUGCUCGCGAGCGUGGAAGGCCAGGAGAGCGUCCUUCACGUGAGCGGCUACAGCAGAGCGGACGGAGGCGUCUACGCUGUUACCAUCACCGACCACAAGGGGGCGACCAGCACCGCGCGAUGCAUCGUCAGAGAAUACGAGGCCGUGCACCACGUGACGGUCAGCAUCAACGCGUCGCACUCGGCGCUGGUGUGCAGCGAGGCGUGGGGGACGGAGCCUCACUUCAGCUGGCUGCACGAGCGGGCUGCCGUCACCCCCGGCGUGGGGGCGGUCUCUGAGGAUGGGAGCACGCUGGUGGUCACCAAGACGCCGCUGUGCGGACACUUCACCUGCGUCGUCAGCAACCGGCUGGGCUACAGCGCCGCCACCUACACGGCAGCGCCGUGUGAAACGGGCGGCAUCAGCGGGACGACGGCGGCGCUGAUCUGCUUGUUUCUCCUGCAGAUCGUUGGAGGAGGCGUGGCCUUUCUAAUGUGGAGGAGGAAGAGGAAGGGAGGAGGAAGGCUACACGAGCGCUUGGAUGAGCGUGUUUGAAAAGGCCAACAAGCUGCUGGCAGAGGAAGAGGAAACCACUGAACUCUACUACUGGAACGGCCCUGAUCGAUUGCUGCGCGUUGGAGGCCUGACGCCAGCGGAAGUAUAGAAGUCGCCAUGUUGUUUCACCCAAAACAAGAAAGCCGACUGCGAUUGACGCGUUCUGCAUAAAUAACAUCAAGAUAUCUUAAUAUGACGUGUAGAAUCAUACUGGUGGAUAACAUUUAAUGAAUGAAAAUGUUGCUUCUACACUAUGUUGCACGCGCAAAUAUUGUCUCGUCAAUCAUUGAUUAGGAAUUAAGAAAGUAUCCACACGUGUUAUUUUAAAUAAUGUACUUCAGAUGCAGUAUUUGAUCAUCAAAUCCAGUAGAGUAUAAUGAAUGUUUCAGCAUUAGACAAGGGUUGCACCUAUUAGUCUUCCUUGCUGUUGGCUGUUUGGAUGAACGACAUACUGUGUGAAGGUUAUGAUUCAUGUACACGCUACGUUUUCAGGUGGCCAUCAUUUGAUUUUGUAAUGUUUUUAGUCGUCAUUGUUUGACUUGUUUCUUCUAGUGGAGUUCCUUCUAGAGAACACUAAUAUGAAAAAGUCAGCACAUGAAGCAACUUCUGCACUACCGUGAAUCCUUUGUAUUCUGUUGUAUUUUUAUAACCCUUUUAAUCCAAGUUUGAUAUGACAAAGAAAGUUCAAAGAGCCUUCUGAAUUUUGCCUUCAUGUGGAUUUUUGUUUCUUCUUUACCACCGCGUCGUGUAAGACAAGUGGGAUAUUUUUUAGUUGCUUUGUGUGUUUUCAAUUCGGUUCGGAUGAUACAAUUUAUACAAGUCAGUAAACAUGUUUCAACAUUUA